AUGUAUGUUAAGUCAUUGGUUCUAACUGUCUCUCUCUAUGCCUCUGUCGUAAAAGCCAUAAUAGAACCCACGAGAAUACAAAACAUCCAACCAAAAACAAACAAAGAGAAGAUUCCAAUACUUAUAAUGGCAGCUUCGGCUACAACACUCAUGAAGCUCUUCUUCUUUGCCCUAAUUCUUGCCAGCUUCAUCGUAUCUCCGGUGAUGUCAACGGCGCCAGAAGAAUGUGAAGCCGAGUCAACAAAUCCAUGCGUCAACAAAACUAAAGCCUUACCUCUAAAAAUCAUAUCCAUUGUAGCCAUCCUCGUGACCAGCAUGAUAGGCGUAUCGGCUCCUCUCUUUAGCCGAUACUUUCCAUUCCUCCAUCCGGAUGGAAACAUUUUCACAAUCGUUAAGGCUUUUGCGUCGGGGAUCAUCCUGGGAACAAGUUUCAUGCACGUCUUACCGGACUCUUUCGAGAUGUUGUCAUCAGAAUGUCUAGAGGACGACCCAUGGCACAAGUUCCCAUUCACGGGCUUUGUCGCUAUGUUGUCGGGACUCGUCACCCUAGCCAUAGACUCCAUGGCUACUAGCUUCUACAGUAGCAAGAACGGUAGUGAAAUCGCUCCCGCUGCUAGUAACGGUGAUCAUGAGAGAGCAAAUCCGAUGAUAACUCACGGUCAUAGUCACGGCCACGGCGUUACAUUAAAUACUAAAGAUGAUGGUGGCUCACAGUUAUUGCGGUACCGCGUCAUUGCUAUGGUGUUGGAGCUUGGAAUUAUAGUUCACUCCGUGGUCAUUGGACUAUCUUUGGGUGCAACAAAUGACACAUGUACCAUUAAGGGUCUUAUUGCAGCCCUUUGCUUCCAUCAAAUGUUUGAAGGCAUGGGUCUAGGUGGCUGCAUCCUCCAGGCGGAGUAUACGAAUGUGAAAAAGUUCGUGAUGGCAUUCUUUUUUGCGGUUACAACACCCUUUGGAAUCGUUUUAGGGAUCGCAUUGUCUAGCAUAUAUAGGGAUAACAGCCAGACCGCAUUGAUUACUGUCGGGCUGCUCAACGCAUGCUCGGCAGGACUGCUCAUCUACAUGGCCCUUGUUGACCUUCUAGCAGCCGAGUUCAUGGGACCGAAGCUCCAAGGUAGCAUCAAGCUUCAGAUCAAGUGUUUCUUUGCCGCUCUACUUGGCUGCGGUGGGAUGUCAAUCCUCGCCAAAUGGGCGUAGAAACUUAUCAACAAUCUUGGUGUUCAGAUUCUAAAAGAGAUUGGUUAAGUUCGGUUUGAGCGAGUCGCGUGAAGUGUUUUUGUCUUUUGUUGUUUAUUUGUCAUAUUAAUUACUCCGUGUCGUGUGAUAAAUAAUUGCUGUGUAAUAAAAU